CUGCCCACAUGGCUGCGUCUGUCAGGAAUGGACUUGCCAAUAAUGGUGGGACUCACCUGCCUUGUGGGCUGCAGUACCAGGGCUGGCCAGCGGGUGCUCUCAGCAAUCAGAGACUCACCCCUGCAGUCAGCCAAACACCUGAAGCAGGGGUUGUGUUUAAGGAAUGGCCAGACUCACAGUCAGGGCCUUGGUGUGUGUUUUUCCAUGGGCCCCUGUAUCUUGUAUCCUGUGUUCCUGUUUCUGUUUCUGCCUUACUUGUUGCCGACCCUGCCUGAUCCUGACCUCUGAUGACUUCUCCUUUACUGAACCCAGCUUGUGACCCCGACCACUCUCCCGCCUGUUCCUGGUACUCCGUUUGCCCGUUUGCUACUGACCUG